UCCGCCCGGCUCCGGAUCACGUGGCGGUUGCCGGAGGCAGAGACUAGAGAGGAGAGAAAAAAAAAAGCGCCUCAUUCCUUCUUCCACCGCCAUACUGUAUUUUAUAGUAACUCUCAUUUUUAUUCCUCCCUUUUACUCCCGCUCGGUGAGUACCUUUCUGCUGACAUUCUUGUCCUCCUUUUUUGUCCUGUUUUUUUUUUUUUUCUUCCUUUUGGUUUUUUUUUUUUUUUUUUUUUUUUUUUUUUUUCUUCCUCUUUGAUUAUUGUUUAAAUGGAUUUGAUCUUUUGCUGAUGACAAGUUUUUUUCCUAGCAUGCGAUGGUUACUAAACUGUGAGCAAAAGGUGCUGCUGGGGCCGGGAGUCACUGGGAAUGAAAAAUGAUUAUAUUAAUAACACAGACUUGCCAGUCCAGCAACAACUGAUAUACAUUUAGUAGCUAUAUAUCUAUAUAUGCAACUGGUUUUGUUGUGGCACGGAAAAGAGAUGUGAAAUAUGAUGCUUAUUUUUUAAAGAUAAGAGAAAAGGCAUGUUUCUAACUCUUUUUGCAGAGGAUUUUUUUCUGGUGUUGUUUUAUUUUUAUUUUUGGGUGUUUUUUUAAAGGGCUUUUUUUUUUCCUUAAAGAGAUGGGAAUUGCAAAUGCAUUUUACAGCAGUGUUUACACAGAGUUUGUAAUCUUGCAAUACUGGUGGAAGCCACAGAGCAAGAUGUUAAUUUUAUUAUUUUUGUUACUGUUUCUUUUUCUUUUUCUUUUUUUUUUUUUUUAACAGUGCAACCAGCAGGGUUUUUUGGUUUUCCUCUUCUUCAGUUUUUGAUGCCUGUUUAUAAUGUGAAACUUUUCUUGCAGCAUGUUGCAGUCAUCAUUUUUAAAUACUUUUUUUCCUCCCUAAAGAUAACAAAGCAAAACAGAAAGCCAAAGAGAUGAUCCUUACUUUUGCACAUUUUGCACCUUCACUUUUUAUUCUUUUGCCAGCAGUGUUUUAUGAUGGUUAUUGUUAUCAUGAUGAUGAUGGUGAUAGAUAUAUACAUAUAUACAAAUAAAUACAUUUUCAAAUGAUGGCAGUGGAAGGUUUUCCUGGAGAAUGAAGUGCGGUUUGGUUUCCUUGUCAACGGAAGAUGAAGUGAACAACUGAACAUCUCCCCAGUGCAGGUUUAAAGCCAAGUGAUCCAACCAUGACUGGCAAAACACAGACGAGCAAUGUCACCAAUAAGAACGACCCAAAGUCCAUCAAUUCCAGAGUCUUCAUCGGUAAUCUGAACACAGCUAUUGUCAAAAAAGGUGACAUCGAAGCAAUCUUUGCAAAGUACGGGAAGAUCGUGGGCUGCUCGGUGCAUAAAGGUUAUGCCUUCGUACAGUACAUGAGCGAGAGGCAUGCCAGGGCCGCGGUGGCAGGAGAGAAUGCCAGGAUCAUUGCAGGGCAGCCACUAGAUAUCAACAUGGCAGGAGAACCAAAACCAUACAGACCAAAACCUGGCAACAAGCGGCCUCUUUCAGCACUUUACAGACUUGAAUCAAAGGAGCCUUUCCUGUCCGUUGGUGGUUAUGUCUUUGAUUAUGAUUACUACAGAGAUGAUUUCUACAAUCGGUUGUUUGAUUACCAUGGCCGUGUCCCCCCACCGCCCCGUGCAGUGAUUCCACUCAAACGUCCUCGGGUGGCUGUGACAACAACUCGUAGAGGCAAAGGGGUUUUCUCCAUGAAGGGAACAUCACGGUCCACUUCAAGUGGGGCUUCUUCCUCAGGAUCAAAAUCACCCACUCGUCUUCCCCUGCCCCUUUUGUGGAGUGAUACUGUCCUUGGAAGCAUCACUGGAAGAGGAAGAGAAAGAUCAGUGAAAUCAGAUGAGUUGCAAACAAUCAAGAAAGAAUUAACUCAAAUCAAAACAAAAAUUGACUCCUUGUUAGGGAGACUGGAAAAGAUUGAAAAGCAGCAAAAAGCUGAAGCAGUUUCUACAGAUCAAGUGAUGAAAUGUCAUGUGUGAACCCCCUGAAGGCUGAGAAGAGAAACUCUGACUUCCCCACAGAAAAUUGUGAACUGCAGUUUCUUACUGGCUGACAACACCUUUGAUUCAAUUUGUAUGAAACUCAAUUUCCUUAUUAAAAUGGACAUUAUUGUUCAAAUAUUAGAAACUCCAUUUCUUAUAUGUUCUAAGCUGUACAAUUGUCAGAUUUUUAUGGUUUAGAUUGUAAAUGUGGUUUUCUCUGGCUAAUUAUUGGUAUUAUUUUUUUAAUUUUGAUGUCUUAAAGGCCAAUGUACUGUAUCAUAAUAAUAUGAAGGACGUAUUUAACAGGUGUGGAAAACACUGUAUACAAAUGUAUAUUUCUAAAAGCUAUUUUUAUGAUUAGCACGUUUACUGUUUUACCAUAUUUAGAGUCAGGUGAUAUUGCCCUUCUUUGUUUACCGCUUAGUUCAAACAAGACCAUUUUGAUCAGUGCCACAAUUAAAUACAUUGUAUGGUAUUUCCCAUUAUUUUAUUCAAUUUAUUUGUCAUUGGAAAUAAUUACAUUUGGUAAUAGAAUAGCUUCUAAAAAGUGAAAAUGUCAAAAUAAGAGAGCAAUCCUUGAUAAACUGUAAAUUGCAUCCUCCUGUAAAUCCUCUUCUUCAGAUAAACCCUCUCUGUGAUGCCAUUCAUCAGACAGCUGUUACAGCUGUUCUUGCAAAUCUUUAAAGGCAGUUUGUUGCUGCCAUAUGGAAAGUCAGUCAGUCUCCUGUCUAGCCAGAAAAAUUACUUAUAGCCUGCCAAUAUCUGACAGCCUGAGUUAGCCUACUUACUACUUUUUGGGUUCUUUUCUGGCAGUAAUCUUUCCACCCGCAAACUCCUAAGGCUCUCCUAAAAGCCUGAAGUUCGAAUAAUUAUUAUUACAGAUGUAGGGGGAAUCUCAGUAUAGAAUUUUAUAAAAAAUCAUAUUUCCUUUCAAACA